ACUCCUGACUGCUGAGGAGGAAGCAUCGUCUGCAGGGAUCAGCUGGAAGUUUGUUUCUCUUCUAACCACACGUUUAGGUGCUGACUGUCUAUAGAGGAGCUGCAGAAGAUCUCCUGAAUCCUGUAAUCUCUGACCUAAACAUGGCCUACAGACUGAACAUCAGCUCUGAUGAUGGGGAUUGUGGAGAAAGCCAACUCUGGGAGGAGGAUGGAUGGACUACUGUGGUCACAGAUGGUAACAUACAGAAUAACAAGGAGCUGAGGAUGGUGUUGGUGGGGAAGACCGGCAAUGGGAAGAGCGCCACUGGAAACACCAUCCUGGGUCGAGAGUGUUUUGAGUCGAAGUGUGGUGCAGAGUCUGUGACUAUGGAGUGCUCUAAGGUCAGAGGUACCGUGGAUGGACAGAAGAUCGCCGUCAUCGACACUCCAGGCCUGUUUGACACCAGAGUAGACAUGGAUGAGAUACUGCAACGUGUUUCCCAGUGCAUCGUGUUCGCUGCUCCUGGUCCUCACGUGUUCCUGGUGGUCGUCAGGGUGGGUAGAUACACCGAGGAGGAGAAGCAAACGGUGCAGAGAAUUCAGGAAACAUUUGGUCAGGCUGCAGACCGGUACUCCAUGGUUCUCUUUACUCAUGGCGACAAUCUCGAAUCAACUAUCGAGCAUUUCUUGAAGGGAAGCCCCGAGCUGAAGGAGCUCGUGGCCCGAUGUAAAGGCCAGUACCACGUCUUCAACAACAAGAGCAAAGAUCACUCCCAGGUGACUGAGCUGCUCAAAAAGAUCAGAAAAAUGGUCAAGAGGAAUGGAGGGAGUCACUACACCAACGACAUGUUCCAGGAGGCUGAGGUGGAGAUUGAAGAGGAGAAACAACGAAUCCUGAAAAAGAGUGAAAAGCAAUUUCGCGAAGACACUGCAGCAUUAGAGAGAAGACUGAGGCAAGAACACGAGAGAGAGAUGAGAGCACUUAGACAGCAACUGGAGUCUGAGAGAGAUGAGGAGAGGAAUCAGCUGGUAGUGUAUGAUCACAGGAUGAAGGAAGAAAAGAAAGAGAUGGCAAUGGUGAUGUCAAUGAUGGGGAAGAUGGCAAUGGACGUAAUGACCAGGAUGGAGAAAAUGCAGGAACGGCAAGAACAGAUACUUAGAGAGGAAAGAAACAGGUAUGACCAGGCUCUGAGAGAGGAAAGAAGCACAUACCAGCAGACGCUGAGAGAUGAACGAAGCACGUACCAGCAGGCGCUUAAAGAGGAAAGACAGAGGUAUGAACAGAGAUUCGAAGGGGAACGAAACAGGUAUGACCAGGCUCUGAAAGAGGAACGGAACUCCUAUCAACAGCAGCUGAGAGAAGAACGAAAGUCUUAUGAAGACAGACUGAGAGAGGAACAAAACAAGUACGAACAGAAACGGAUCGAAGAACAGAAGAAGCUGAAAGAAGAGCGUGAAAAAAAGGCCAGAGAGGAAGCUGAAAAGAAAAAGAAGGGAGGCUGUGUUGUCAUGUGAUGGUUACAGGCCCACAGGUCUUCUCCCAAUCAUUACGGAAGUCACCAACAAAGUCAUUAGUCCUAAUUAACAGCCCAUCUAAACAGUGGAUUAGGCCGUUCUACUGAGACAUCAGUGGAUGGAGAAAUUAAAUCUAGUCUUGGGAUGAUAUUGAUGGUCUGUCCUCGUUUCAUCAUCAUGUUGUUUGAUUUUUGUUGUUAAGCUUUAAUUAUUCUAGCAGGGAUGAUUCCUCUGUCUUAUUUAGCUCUGUUUGUACCUACAUGACCUUCCUCUGAGGUCUAGAUUCAGAUGUAUGCAGAUGACACAGUGAUUUACCUGUUUAUCUCAUUUUAGGUUUGUUUGAAGUGAUUAUAAUAGUUUUAUUCCUGCAUUCCUAUUGACUACAGUUCAACCCAAACCCUAACCCUGUCUGAAAACACUGAUGCCUUCACGUGUCAGAGUGGAGCAGAAAUAAAGCUGUGAUAAUGAGACCAAACCUCUGUCAGUUCUAUUCUUAGUUUCCCAGUCCAGAACUCAGAGGUCAAUGCUGAACAAAUGUGUGGUGGCUUGGCUUUAUUUCAGUGGAGUUACAGUUGCAAGAAAAAGUAUGUGAACCCUUUGGGAUUUCUUGGAUUUCUGCAUAAAUUGGUCAUCAAAUGUGUUCUGAUCUUCAUCUAAGUCACAGCAAUAG